AUGGCGGGCCGGCAAAAAAAGGUUCUAUUUUUGGAUUGUGAUGGGUCUAUCCUUCUUGAUGGGCCUAACUCCGAGAAGAAUGCACCUCCUAACAGUAAUUCUGUUAGGGGGUUUAAGGUUGUUGACAACAUCAAGGAAAAGGUGGAGGUUAUGUGUCCGGGGGUUGUAUCUUGUGCCGACAUAGUGGCAAUUGCUGCCUCUGAAUCUGGGGCGCACACCAUCGGGUUUGCGAAGUGCGCAAAUUUUCGGUCUAGAAUCUACAACGAUAUCAACAUUGAUAAAGAAUUUGCCAAGUCAGUUCAGUUAGUUUGCCCUAGAAUAGGAGGAGGCAACAACAAUCUCUCCCUUGAUAACACAGAGUCUGUUUCAGACUUUGACACUAGUUAUUUCCAAAAGAUAACUCAAGAAAAGGGACUGUUGCAUGCCGACCAGGAGCUGUUCAAUGGUGGAACCGCUGACAAUAUUGUUCUUGGAUUUAGGGACAAUUCAACUGUUUUUUUUGAAAGCUUUGCUACUGUGAUGAUGAAAAUGGGAAGCAUCUCUCCUCUCACCGGUGAAGGGGGAAUUAUCAGGAAAAAAUGCAAAUCUGCAAUAGGAAGGCUUAAUGUUGAGAAAGAUGCAGCUCCUAACAAAAAUUCUGCUAGUGGGUUUGAGGUUGUUGAAAGCAUCAAAGAAGAGGUGGAGGCUAUAUGUCCAAGGGAUAUAUCUUGUGCGAAAAUACUCACAAUUGCUGCCUUUGAAUCUGUAUCUUUGCAUACACAAGAGAAGGAGCUAUUGCAUUCAGGCCUAGAGCUUUUCAAAGGUGGAAGUGGUGACAGUAUUGUUCUUAGAUUUGGGGAUAAUUCAAGGCAUUUUCUACAAGCUUUUUAUUCUGCCAUGAUUAAAAUUGGAAACAUCUCUCCUCUCACUGGUGAGAAGGGAAUAAUCAGGAAAAAAAAUGCAAUUCAGCAAUGGAGAAUUAAUUAG